AUGAAUUAUAAGGAAGCUGGUGCUGAAAGGAAGCUGCACCUUGCAGAAUUAGAAAACCUUUGCCUAGAAACAUAUGACAACUCCAGGCGAUACAAGGAAAAGAUGAAGGUCAUCCAUGACAAGCACAUAAAAAGGAGAGAAUUCAGACCAGGGGAGUUAGUUCUUCUUUACAACUCCAGAAUGAGGCUUAUGCCAGGCAAACUGAGAUCAAGAUGGGAAGGCCCCUACAGAGUAGAAAAGGCAGAGCCAUACGGAGUUUUUCACAUGCGUCAUCCUUCUAGCUCCAAAUUCAUUAAAGUUAAUGGACCCCGCCUAAAGCUUUAUCAUGGUGAGAAGAUGAAGGAUCACAAAGAGCUAGAGGUCUUUGUCCUAGAAGACCCACCAACAGAAGCAGAAUGA